AUGUCUUCUGACGAUUCAGAGCUUUAUGAAGAAAUUGAAGAUUUAGAAAGUAUUUUUGUUAAUCUAUUUUAUGCUCCUAAAGUUGAUUUCAAUAAACCUAUCUAUAUUCCUAAGCCCGAUAUAAAUCUUAAUAAUUUAUUGUGGAUUCUUAUUUGGGUUUUUAAAUUUCAAGAAAGAUUCCAACUAUCAAAUAUAGUAACUGACGCUCUUAUUG